UUUGCUUAAAGUUUUCAAUUGAUAAUGUUAUUAUUAUUAUAAAUAUAUGAAUCCGAAUUAACUUUUAAUAAUAAGUUCCUAUAUUCUGAUAUUUCAAUGAAAUGUGUAUAUUUUAAAUUUGUCAUAUUUUCUACUAAAUUAUACAGUAUAUAUAAAAUCUUCCUAUGUUACCUUUAAGAAUUUUGUAUUCUAGGUAUUGUGCUGUGCUUGUGCCGAAAUGCGCCUUCAGUCACAACUUUGAAAAAAAGUAUUCUGUAGAAGAAAAAUCAAAAAUUUUACAGGUUAUAAAUGACACUGAUCCUGAUGUACUGCCCAGAUAUGAUAUAGCUAAAGCGAAAUUAAAAAGGGUGAAACAAUGGAAAAGUGAAAAUGGUCAGUUAAAGUGUAUCGGUGACCUGGAAAUGAUUGAAGGUUUCUCUGAGAGGGUAGCGUGUAAAUUGUUUAAUAGCAUACUGGAAGGUCCACAAGAGAAAUCAAACUUGUCUUACAAAAUUAAGGGCCAGAUUUUACAUCCACAUCUGACUGAUGGUAUUCGACAGAAAUGUAAUACAGUACUGGCUGUAUAUACAGCUGUGAAUUCAGUUUGUUGGACUUUAAUAGACAAAGAAAAUUAUGAAGUUUUGGAAUGGAAUUGUCUCAGUCUUGACUAUUCAAAUGAUAAGCGGUUGCAGCUUACAGACAUAUUAAACAUUGCAUGGAAGGUAACAAAUAAGUUGCCAAUAGCUGAUAUUUACGUGAUGAAAGCUGAACCCACUACACUCCGCGCAGCUGGCAGCGAUCCUAACAAUCCUAAAGUGCUUGCUAUUAACUUACAAAAGUCCCAGAUGGUCUCUAUGAUUGUCUCCCUCAUUACUGCUAGAUCUAAUGAUAUAGCGAGCAGAUCUUCAAAUGGUGAUAACAAUCAGGAAUUAAAUAAUAAUGUUUACUUUUUGAGGCCUGCACUUCCUUAUAGAUUAUACGGAACCCUAGUUGGUAACGAGAAAGUCUCUACAGAUCAGACUGUAGAAUUGUUGCUGCAGGAAAUAAACGGGAGAACGUCAAAUAAUUCCAAAGUAUACAUUUCACCUUCAAUCCAGUCCAUGUACAGAGCACAAAAGGAGUUGCAGCAAGACAUAUUGGGCCAUUGCCUACUGUUAGGUCUGACUUUCAUGGAUUUGUGUAUAUAUAAAAAUCAGGAUAGCAUAAACAAGUUGGCGAGGCGUGAUAGUUAGUAGGUAUUGUUAUUUAGUAUAAAUCAUAUAUUGUGAUAUAGAUUUUAUAUUGGUGAAUAAACUUAGAAAGUUUU